ACUGGCUUUAGCCAAUCGCAGCCGGUGGAGCUGGGCCAAGUUAGCAUGUUUUCCUCCGCCCCUGGAUGAAGUCACGAUUGAAAUAUGGCAUUGGACUUAUUUUAAAAAGGGAAGGGGAGUCGGAAAGGCUGGUAACCCUGCAGCCGGGCGCUCGGUGCAGCGGAGACGGUGAGGAAGUGUGUGCAAGCCUGUGAACGCUGAGUGGUUCUCGGCCCCGUGACCUUCGCCUCCCACUGGGUGGAGCAGGGCCUUUAACAGCAGUUGGAAUGCAGCUCCCCCGAUCAGCUUAGCCAGUUGUUGCCUGUCUGAACCCCUGCCAGUCCUGGGGAGCCGCGCUCAGGGCUAAACCUGCAAGCCUUCUUCUGCACCCUGCGCUCUGCCCCUGCGUCCCCAGCACGAUCAGCUCCCAGGGAGGAAAGCCGUGCCCACCUGUCCAGCCGGUCCAGCCAUGGGAGAGGACGCUGCCCAGGCCGAAAGGUUCCAGCACCCGAGCUCCGACCUACGCCCAGAGAAGCCCUCGAGCCCCAGCCCCAUGCCCUCCUCCACGCCGAGCCCCAGCCUGAACCUGGGGUGUACGGACGAGGCCAUUCGGGACAACUCGCAGGUGAACGCCGUCACGGUGCACACGCUGCUGGACAAGCUGGUGACCAUGCUGGACACCGUGCAGGAGAACCAGCACAAGAUGGAGCAGCGGCAGAUCGGCCUGGAGGGCUCGGUGAAGGGCAUCCAGAACGACCUCACCAAGCUCUCCAAGUACCAGGCCUCCACCAGCAGCACGGUGGGCAAGCUGCUGGAGAAGUCGCGCAAGGUGAGCGCGCACACGCGCGCGGUCCGCGAGCGCAUGGACAGGCAGAGCGCGCAGGUGAGGCGGCUGGAGAGCAACCACGCCCAGCUCCUGCGGCGCAGCCACUUCAAAGUGCUCAUCUUCCAGGAAGAACAUGAGAUCCCUGCCAGUGUGUUUGUGAAGGAGCCGGCCUCCAGCGCCACGGAAGGGAAGGGCGAGCUGGAGGGCGAGAACCAGUCCCUGGAGGAGACUCUGCACACGGUGGACCUCUCCUCAGAGGACGAGCCUGCCCUUGAUGAGGAGGCCCAGGAGGACAGUGCCGAGGAAAAGACAGAAGAGAGCAGGGCAGAGAAACUGAAAAGAUCCAGCCUCCGGAAAGUGGACAGCCUCAAGAAGGCAUUUUCUCGCCAGAACAUCGAGAAGAAGAUGACCAAGCUGGGCACCAAGAUUGUCUCUGUAGAAAGGAGAGAGAAGAUUAAGAAAUCUCUCACUUCCAAUCACCAGAAGACAUCCUCUGGGGGGAAGAGUUCUCCCUUCAAGGUUUCUCCCCUCGCUUUUGGGCGAAAGAAAGUGCGAGAGGGGGAGAGCCCGGUGGAGAAUGAGACCAAGUCAGAAGAGAUGGCGUCCAAUGACCAGGAGGAGGGCUCCUUGGAAGAGGGUCAUUCCGCAGCAUCGCUGCCCAGUGCCCUGGCCGAGGGGGAGGGGGAGGGGGAGAAGGUGGGCCCGCGAAGGAGCAGCUCAGGGAUGGACAGCAAUGUGGACCUGACCAUCGUGGAAGAUGAGGAAGAGGAGCCAGCAGCCCUGGAACAGGCCCAGAAGAUGCGCCACGAGGACAGCUGCAUGCCGGCCCCAGAGGUGACAGAGCGGGCAGCCAUGCUGCAGGUGGACCAGAGCGCCUGAGCACAGCCACAGCCCCGGCAGACUCCUCCUGUCCCCAGCACUGCCGCACGCUGUCACCACCGGGCACAAGCUGUGGCCACACACUAGCAACACACACACAUGCACGAGACCAAGAAGACAAGCUGCCUGGAGCUCCACUUUUAAUGUGCACUCAGGGUCCUUUCUGUAGAAUUCCUCCAAGAUUGCCGGGAAGAGGGAAUGGAGCAAUUAAAACCGGAUCCAUUUGGCUGAGUCAGAGAACACUUAAGCUACCAAGAUGCUGGUCAUGAAAUGUGAUUUUUCUUCCUGCUCCUUCCGUCAGCUUGCUGAACUGUGUACCAGUGAUACAGUGAAUUUCUAUGGCCCUCUGUGAAUCUAAUGAUUGCCUUUUAUGUGUGUGAUACAUAAUAUGCCUAAGCGUGCAAGCUAAAAACAUAACUAUAGUUUUAAGAAGAAAACACUUACAAAAAGUAGAAGGGGUUCAGUGGGUUAUUCAGUUAAUAGAAGCCCAUUGCUUUAUUGUAAAUGAAGUUAAAAGACUGUGAUGGCCAACCAGUGAUCUAGGGUGGGUACUCAGGUCAGGUUUCAGAAAGAAAAAAAAGGAGAAAAAGUUGGAAAAUAAGAGAAAUGGGAAGCAAGAAUGCCAAAGACACGGAAGGGAAAAGGAAAUAAGUAUGAGCUUAAAAGUGAAAUAUUUGCAAUAUUAAGAUUAAUUUUUUACUCUUUAACAUGGUAAAGAAGUUCAUAUAUCCUAGAAUAACAUGUUCUGUCUCCACCAUACUUUUAUUUUCUAGUAUUUUUAAAAAAUAUAACAUUUUCUAGUGCUAAAACUGUGGGGGUUUUCCCCUUCAUAAAUAAAAGGCAUCACAAAUAUUUCUCUAAAGAAGUUCAGAAGAAUGUUGAACUUGGAAUGAAUAUAAAUCUUCAAAAAAUAAUUAAUAUGUAUGUCUUUUGUAAGAUAUUGGAUUGUACUAGUCUUUAAUUUCUCCCAAAUUUGGAAAAACCUUUAUACUCCAAAUAAGGUAGGUUUAUAAGAUGUUGCAACACACAAGUUUGGGAAGAGAACAAAGCUACUUUUUUUCUUCUCUGUACGUAACGGUAAUUUUAUUCCAGGCUGUAUUUUAUUUAUACAUUAAUUUCACUGAAUAUUAACAUGUUUCUUAACUUCUUAAAGCAUACUAGUGUUUUAUGUACAUGUGCACAUUCAUUCAGACAGGGUAGUUUGUACUGCUGCCUAACAUUGUACUGCAUAUUGCUUUAUCUAUUUUUAAUUACAAGAUGCUAACAUUUGGUUAAUUUAUAGUUUAAAGAUAGUAGCUCCAGAGAGCAAAUGCUCUACCUUUCAUAGGUACCACUAUAAGUAUUGAUAUGAGUAGAGUUUACUAAGAUUAACUAACAUUAACAAACUAUGCUUGGUUUUUAAUCAAAGGAAAAGGAUUAAUAAAAUGUACGGGUGGUAUAACUUAUUCAGCUAUGUUCUUACUUUGCAAUAAUGUUACCCCAAGUAUCGGACUGUUACAUUAACAAUGGCUGUGUUAAGGAAGAUUAAAUAAAAUAAAAAAUUUAAAAAUCCA